AUGGCGCCUGGGACGCCGGGGAACGACACAGCACUGCCGGUACAGGUUCAAAUCACAACGACGGAGGAACGAAGCAGUAUGCUCAAAUCCUGGUCUGUGUACAUGGUGGAAGUGAGCGACUUCGGCCGCAAGUUUACAGUGGAGAAGCGCUUCGACGACUUCGACCGUCUGCACGCGGACCUCCGGGAGUUAGAACCGAACAUGCCUCCUCUGCCGGAGAAGAAGUUCCUCCAGUCCACAGACGCCUCUGUGGUUGCCGAGCGAAAGCCCGCUUUUGAGCGGAUCCUUCGCCACCUGUUGCGCAGCGAAGUCGCCGUGCACGAGAAGCAGCAGACGGUUUUUAAGUUUCUCGAGCUGCCUACGCCCGCAAUCGUGGCCUUCAGAUAUCUUUUCAAGAUGCAGCGCCUGGCGAAUGCCCGCCAGUGUGGAAAGCUCACCGACCCCAAGUACGAAAAGGACCACUCCUAUCGACUGACACAUCCGGCCAUCGUUCGAACGAGCUUACGGCUUCUCGGUGAAGGCGCUCUUCUAGAAGCCGCCGAAGCUACGGCUGCUGUUCCAGACGCGUCGCCCGAUUCGGAGGACGGCGCGGCGGAGAAGCCCGCGCCGGCGCCGCAACGUCGGGAUCCUGCGGCACUCGCGGAGGCGGAGGCCUCCAUUGUGGAAAUUUUACGUUUCGCUCUCGCCAAUGGCAACGAGCAGACACGGCAGUUCUUUCUCCAAGAGAAGGGCCUGGCCGUGCUGUUGGGAUUCAUCUUCCGGAAAGGAAUGAAAGAACCUGCCAAUGGACCAGAUCCACGCGCACGAGGCGUCCUCAAUGCGCUGAUCAAGAACGAGGGGGACAAGUUCGUGUCCGUCUUCGCCGGCUUCCUCGAGACCGGAGGCCUGGCCGCUUUGCGCGCUGGCACAACACUGCUGCAACAACAGAGCUUUGCUGAGUUCGUCUCGAAGCUGCUCUGGCUCGCCUGGGAUCUUCAGGUCCAGCAAGUCUUUCUGGCCGAGGAGCAGAGCCGCGAGGCCCUGGGACUCCUGUCGGCGCUCUUCGACUGCCCCUCGAAGGGUGCGCGCGUGUGUGCAGGAUUGCUGUUGGCCUGCGCGCUGGCGAACCGACAAUUGGCUGGGCGCGAGGAGCAGGCGGCUGCCGGUGUCACCCAGCUGGCAGAG